AUGCACGAGCUUGCUUCACUGUCCGACAGUCAAAUUGAACACGAUACGGUCCGAAACCGUGCUGCGCUGGCAGCGGCGAUCGUCAUUCCCAAGAUCAAAUUUCUCGCGCGACACUCCUGGCCGACCCGUGAGAUCGUGACCUCAAAGCAGCAGCUGGUCAAGCGCUUUGUCUGGGGCUCGCGUGAAGGUGUACCAGAGAGGGCGUGGAUGAACGACGCUCAAGCCGGACUUCCGAUGUGCGACGGUGGACUCGCUGUACCGCACGUCGCGACGGACCUGCUUGCGAUGGCAGCCAAUGCAGUAGGCAGAUGGGCAGCAAGAGCGAAUGACGUGUACUUGACUCCGGCACGGCGAGACGCGCCGGUUGGGGGCUUCAAGAUCGCGACCACCAUGUGGAAGGGUGGGGCGGCAGUGGUGUGCGGAGUGCACUGUGACCAAAUCGACCCGACCAAUGCCAGCUUUGUGGCAGCAACGGCGGCGCUGUUUCGGAGACACCUGCUUGCUGAGAAAUGGGAUGGCAACAGCUUGCAGAUCGCCGUUGACGACGACGCGAUGCUCUCGUUCGGCCGGCUGCCGUGUGGAAGGCGGCGGUUGCGCGGACCUUUCUGUCACGAGUGGCUUUACCGUGUGGCACUCGACACGCGGCGCUGGCUGAUCGAUGACAGGGGGGGGGCUGUGAAUAUCAGCAUACUACGGCAUGGCAACAAGUGGGGCAUGCUUCGUGAUCUCUUCAGCUGGACGUGGAUGGAGCGCGGUGUGGUCAAUUUCGAGCUGAGACGGCCCCGAACUCCUGCUGUGCGGCGGGCGGUUUUGAAGCUGUGCGAGGCGAUGGUGUUUAACUACCCUGAGCUUCUGCACACGACGACGCACCUUUGGCCGGUCAGAACAGGCGUGUCGAUGCACCACUCAUGGCGCCUCACGAACAGCGCGGAGGGAGUCAUUUUCUCGGACGCCACGAUCGAGCGUCCGCCACAGAAGAUCGCAUCGCGUUUUGUCUGCGAACGACGAGCGCGAACGGAUGUUGGCAAUCGCGAUAUCCGCUUCCACGACCACUCGGCGCUCUCGCGGCUCGUGCAGCUGCACAUGGGAGAAGGAUGGCGGCCCAAUAGGACACGGUACAAGUCAGCCGUAGCGCUGCACCGCGCGAAGGAGGGCAAGGAGGAGCGCGACCGAGCAAUCGCUGUGCUCGCCGAGAAGAACAGCGACCUUCAGCGGGCUACGUCACAGCUGAAGUGGAGCAGGUGCGAACGCCGCCCUGGGGCAGAAUCUGUACCGCAUCAGGGUGAACAACCUCAACUUGUGGAACUACGUACACAGCGAUCGGACGUGCCCGCACAGCAUGUGUCGGCGCGACCAGCCCGCGACGAUACAGCAUGUCUUCUGGGAGUGCCCGGUUGCUGA